CGGGCGCUUCGAGUUGCCCCACGACGACCAUGUCCAGCCCCUUGUCGUCCACCACCAAGAAGCCAGUGAGGACCUACAAGGGUCGCUCAAAGCGGAGAGGCAAACCGGCCCAGGACAACUCUGACAGUUCUUCCUCUUCCGAGUGGGAGGACGACGAGAAGCCGAGGACGAAGAUGCCGCCACCCGCAACCCCUGCGAGCAAGAAGCCUGAGCCAAACUUCAAGGUCCCUGAGCCCAAGGGCGCGACGCCCAACGCGAAGACCGAAGUCACGUCCCCCGCCCAGAGCAAGCCCGAAUCUGCGAAGAAGAAGACGCACGUCCGCAACUCUUCCUCCAUCAGCUCGCUCAGACGCGCCGCCCAAGGCUCGGACAUCGCCUCCCCCGCGUCGCUCACCAAGCCCAUCUCGCGUAGCCGGUUCGCGCCUGCUCGCGAAGAGCCCGACCCCGAUCCCGAGGAAACCGACGACGGCGCGUCCGUGGCCGAGUCCUUCGUGAGCAACACCAAGAUCCGCCGCACCGAGGCCGAGCGCAUCGAGUAUUUCCGCAACCAGCCCGAGUGCGGGGAGAUCGAGCCGCACCGCGCGUUCUGCACGCGCUGCAACAAGCACGUCGGCCUCGGGAAGAAGCAGACGUACACGGUCCGCCCGUGGGAGACGCACAGGGCGAAGUGCGACCAGAAGCUGCCGGUAUCGAUGAUGCCUGGCGAUGAUGAGCCGGAGGACGAGGCGGGGUCGGGGGCGACGCCUAGUGUGUCUGAAGCAACUGUGCGGCGCUCGGAGGCGGAGAGGAAGGCCAUCUUGGAGGCGGAUACUCGCGCGGAAGAGCUAGAGCCACACCAGGCGCUUUGCAGGAAGUGCCACAAGUGGAUCAAACUGUCCACCCAGCAACGAUACGCACUGUCCAACUGGAACCGUCAUCAGCGCAGCUGCGCGGACGCUGUACCGAGUGCGCGUGUGUCGAGCGCUCAGCGGCGGGUCUACUUGUGCAAUGACAAGCAAGCGAACGACCCGCAGCCGGAUAGCGUUGAGUGCAAAGCGUGCGGUGUAAGGAUAGCGCUCGAGGGCGAUGGCGAGUACAAUUUAUCGAGCUGGCAGCGACACAAGAGCAUCUGCAGCUUCACUAGCCCUGCUGGCGUUUCCGCUCCUGCCACCGCCCCCGCCCCGCCCUCCGUCGCCUCGACUGACGGCACGCUCAUCCCCGACGGCAGCCCCGUCUCCAAAGGCAAGAAGCGCGCUCGCGAAGAGGACCCCGAGGACGAAGCCGCCCCAGCUGUACCCGCCGACGAAGACGAACGCCCCACGAACCGCCCGCGAACGGAGAACUACGUCGCGCCCGACGCGAAGCCACCGCCAGGCCCUUUCGGCUGGUUCCUGGAGCUCCCUCCGGUCAAGAGCUUCCUGGAUGGCUUCCGGGAGCGGUUCGGGGGUGGGAAGACGCCUGCUGCUGGGGCGGAUACGGAGGGUACCUCGCAGGAGAGUGCUGCGAAGGCGGAGAACUGAGGAUUUUGCAGAGGCAAGGAGUUUGAUGCCCCAAAGGCAGGACACGAUGUAGCUUUGUUUCUCAGUAAUCUCUGUAUACGAGACACGAUACCUUGUUCAGACGUAGGCUUUGCGAUACUUAUUGGUUAGUUCUGUGUAUACCCGAGAGGGACUGAACUGAAUUACCCGAGCGGUCGAGGGGGUUUGAGCUUCAGUCCAAUCGGAGGGCGUCGUGAAGGCGGAGAACUAGGUUGCCUCAGAAGCUUGGAGUCAGAUGCCCCGAAGGCAGGAAAUGAUAUUGUGG